GACUUUACACCACAGCGAAGGGAGGCCUUUGCACAACAUGUUUAUAGCUGAGUCACAAGGUCUUAUGAUAUAGGACAAACAAGGUCCACAAGCUACUCUUACUUAUAGGCUUGUGCAAAGCCCGUCUUCAGCUCUCUGCCGGGUCUGAGGACGUUAGUAUGUAACUCUGCUUACAUCAUGUCUAAAGGGUUUUGUGUAUCUGCUCUGGGCCUACUGGCCUGGCUGUGGUUCUGCUGCCCGGGGCCGACCGUGGGGAGCAAAGUGCUGGUCAUGCCUGUGGACGGCAGCCACUGGCUCAGCAUGAAGGUGCUGGUGAACGAGCUCUCGCGGAGGGGACACAAAAUGGUGGUGCUGGUGCCCGAGACCAGCAUCCUCAUUGGAGACUCUGACAGCUACCAGACAAGAACCUUCAAGGUGCCUUACACCAAGGCUGAGCUGGACAGCAGCAUUGCCAACAUGAAUGAAGGGGUGUUCCUGAAGAAGCCUGGGUUCUCUGACGUGUUCGUCAAAGUGCAGACACUGAUCACUUUCACCAGCAUGCAGGUGAAGGGCUGUGAGAGUCUGCUGUACGACCAGCCACUCAUGCAGCAGCUCCACAGCGAAGGCUUCGAGCUCCUACUCACAGACCCCUUUCUGCCGUGCGGUUCCAUCAUAGCGGAGGCGUUCUCGCUCCCUGUGGUCUACUUCCUGCGUGGUAUGCCCUGUGGCCUUGAUUAUAGUGCAGCCCAGUGUCCCUCGCCAGUGUCGUUUGUCCCUCGCUUUAUGUCAGAAUACACUGAUGUCAUGAAUUUCCCUCAGAGGGUGAAGAACAUGAUUUUGACUGUGAUGGAGUCAUACCUUUGUCGUUUGCUUUAUGCCAGUUUUGAUGAGUUGUCCAGUAGGUAUCUGGAGAAAGUCAUCACCUACAGGGAGAUUUUGGGUCAUGGGGCUAUCUGGCUGAUGCGGUAUGACUUUACCUUUGAGUAUCCGAAGCCACUAAUGCCUAACCUGAUUCAUAUAGGGGGAAUUAACUGUGAGAAGAGAAAUCCUCUGCCUGCGGAGGUGGAGAAGUUUGUGAGUGGAUCUGGUGAGCAUGGCUUCGUGGUCUUCACCCUGGGCUCAAUGGUGUCCCAGAUGCCAGAGGACAAGGCCCGAGUGUUCUUUGAGGCAUUUAGGCAGAUUCCACAGAGGGUUUUGUGGAGAUACACUGGACCUGUGCCUGAAAAUGCCCCGGAGAAUGUCAAACUCAUGAAGUGGUUGCCUCAAAAUGAUCUCUUAGGUCACCCUUUGGCCAAGGCUUUCAUCACACAUGGAGGGUCUCAUGGCAUCUAUGAGGGUAUAUGCAACGGGGUGCCCAUGGUCAUGUUGCCACUGUUUGGUGACCAAGCUGACAAUGUUCAACGCAUGGUUGCACGUGGUGUUGCUGAGUCUUUGACCAUUGCUGACGUGACCACAACCACACUUUUGGAAGCCCUCAACAAAGUCAUUUAUGACAAGAGUUACAAGGCAAAUAUGAUGAAGCUUUCAGCUGUGCACAACGAUCGUCCGAUUGAACCUCUUGACCUGGCCGUCUUCUGGACCGAGUUUGUCAUGAGACACAAAGGAGCAGAGCACUUGCGCCCAGCUGCUCACGAGCUGAACUGGAUCCAGUACCACAGCCUUGAUGUGAUCGCACUGCUAACAACCAUUGUGCUCACUGUUGUUCUCGUGACAAUUAAAAGUUGCAUGUUCUGUUUGAAGAAGUGCACACGAAACAAGACUAAACAAAAGAAAAACAAGCGAGAGUAGUUGAGGAGUUUUGUUUGUGAGUGAAGGUGAAUGGCACUGGCAGAAGGAAAAAACACAGUCUACCUCCUUAUUAUAGCCUAGUGUGUUUGGAGAAACUAUUUGAAAGUGAAAAUAUACAGGGAAUUUCUAGCUACUUAUUUGGUUGUAAAGGGCCUAGGGUUUCUUCAAAUCAAUGAAUGCUGUUGACAAUGGGUGUUUAUUGCAUACAUAGAAGACUACUUUUUGUGUACUUCUGCUGUAAGUCAAUAAUUUUGACACUUAAUUGUAUGAUUGUGCAAUAGUCUAUAUGAAGAAAACUUGGUAUGAUGACAAUAAAAAAACUGACUACA